CCCGGAGGCGGCGCAAUGCGGAAGAGAUGGGCCUGCUGGAGCGGAAGUGACGCUUCCGGCGGCUGUGGCGGCGGCGGCUGCGGCGGCGGCGGCUGCGGGAGCGGGAGGAGGAGGAGCCGGAGGAAGAGGGCUGCCUCUGAAGAAAGGAGAAUGGCGUUCAGCAAAGGAUUUCGGAUCUAUCACAAAUUGGAUCCCCCACCUUUCAGCCUCAUAGUGGAAACUAGGCAUAAAGAAGAAUGUCUCAUGUUCGAGUCUGGGGCUGUGGCUGUGCUGUCAUCUGCAGAAAAAGAGGCAAUCAAGGGUAUAUACUCCAAAGUCCUGGAUGCAUAUGGACUCUUAGGUGUUUUGCGGUUGAAUCUUGGUGAUACUAUGUUACAUUAUCUGGUCCUGGUCACUGGAUGUAUGUCUGUUGGAAAAAUUCAAGAAUCUGAAGUUUUCCGAGUUACUUCUACCGAGUUUAUAUCACUUCGAGUUGAUGCUUCAGAUGAGGAUCGCAUUUCAGAAGUGCGAAAGGUUUUGAAUUCAGGAAACUUUUAUUUUGCAUGGUCUGCAUCUGGAGCCAGUUUAGAUCUGAGUCUCAAUGCACAUCGGAGCAUGCAAGAACACACCACUGACAAUAGAUUUUUCUGGAAUCAGUCUUUGCAUUUGCAUUUCAAGCACUAUGGUGUGAAUUGUGAUGACUGGUUAUUACGCCUCAUGUGUGGGGGUGUAGAAAUCAGAACAAUUUAUGCUGCUCAUAAACAGGCAAAGGCUUGUCUCAUUUCAAGAUUAAGUUGUGAACGAGCCGGUACAAGGUUCAAUGUCCGAGGAACAAAUGAUGAUGGUCAUGUUGCCAACUUUGUCGAAACAGAACAGGUUGUAUACUUAGAUGAUUCUGUUUCUUCCUUCAUACAAAUCCGGGGAUCUGUUCCAUUGUUCUGGGAGCAACCAGGGUUGCAAGUGGGAUCACAUCGUGUCCGUAUGUCAAGGGGUUUUGAAGCCAAUGCACCUGCAUUUGACAGGCAUUUUAGAACACUUAAGAAUUUGUAUGGCAAACAAAUAAUAGUAAAUUUACUUGGAUCAAAGGAAGGUGAACAUAUGCUAAGUAAGGCUUUCCAAAGUCAUUUGAAAGCUUCUGAACAUGCUGCAGAUAUCCACAUGGUGAAUUUUGACUAUCAUCAAAUGGUUAAAGGAGGAAAAGCAGAAAAAUUACAUAGUGUUCUUAAACCUCAAGUCCAGAAGUUUCUAGAUUAUGGAUUUUUUUAUUUCGAUGGAAGUGAGGUUCAAAGGUGCCAGAGUGGUACAGUUCGAACAAACUGCUUGGAUUGCCUUGAUAGAACAAAUAGUGUGCAGGCAUUCCUUGGCUUAGAGAUGCUAGCUAAACAGUUGGAGGCUCUCACCUUGGCUGAAAAGCCUCAGUUGGUGACUCGCUUUCAAGAAGUUUUUCGGUCCAUGUGGUCUGUGAAUGGCGAUUCAAUCAGUAAGAUCUAUGCAGGCACUGGAGCUCUUGAAGGGAAGGCUAAGGCUGGAAAGUUAAAAGAUGGUGCUCGUUCAGUCACCAGAACAAUUCAGAAUAAUUUCUUUGACAGUUCCAAGCAAGAGGCCAUUGAUGUCCUGCUACUGGGAAAUACUCUCAAUAGUGACUUAGCUGACAAAGCUCGAGCACUUUUAACUACUGGGAGCUUGCGUGUUUCUGAACAGACAUUACAGUCAGCAUCUUCCAAAGUACUAAAGAGUAUGUGUGAGAACUUCUACAAGUACUCAAAGCCGAAGAAGAUUCGAGUGUGUGUGGGGACCUGGAAUGUAAAUGGUGGGAAGCAGUUCCGCAGCAUUGCUUUUAAGAACCAGACGCUCACCGACUGGCUUCUUGAUGCACCCAAGUUAGCCGGCAUCCAAGAAUUUCAAGAUAAAAGAAGUAAGCCAACUGAUAUAUUUGCAAUUGGUUUUGAAGAAAUGGUAGAGUUGAAUGCUGGAAACAUUGUGAAUGCAAGUACAACAAAUCAGAAGCUCUGGGCCGUGGAACUUCAGAAGACAGUCUCCAGAGACAACAAGUAUGUGCUGCUGGCUUCUGAGCAGUUGGUGGGCGUUUGUCUGUUUGUUUUUAUCAGGCCACAACACGCUCCUUUUAUCAGGGAUGUGGCGGUUGAUACUGUGAAGACUGGGAUGGGAGGUGCGACUGGAAAUAAGGGAGCAGUUGCAAUCCGAAUGCUCUUCCACACCACCAGCCUCUGCUUCGUCUGUAGCCACUUUGCUGCAGGACAGUCACAAGUCAAAGAAAGAAAUGAAGAUUUUAUAGAAAUAGCACGAAAAUUGAGUUUUCCCAUGGGAAGAUUGCUGUUUUCCCAUGACUAUGUGUUUUGGUGUGGUGACUUCAACUAUCGAAUCGAUCUUCCAAAUGAAGAAGUUAAAGAGCUCAUAAGGCAGCAAAAUUGGGAUUCCCUUAUAGCAGGAGAUCAACUUAUCAAUCAGAAGAAUGCUGGACAGAUUUUUAGAGGAUUUCUAGAGGGAAAAGUUACCUUUGCUCCGACCUAUAAAUAUGACUUGUUUUCUGAUGACUAUGACACCAGUGAGAAGUGUCGCACCCCUGCGUGGACAGACCGUGUCCUCUGGAGAAGAAGGAAGUGGCCUUUUGAUAGAUCAGCCGAAGACUUAGAUCUUCUGAAUGCUAGCUUUCAAGAUGAAAGCAAAAUCCUCUACACGUGGACUCCUGGCACUUUGCUGCACUAUGGAAGAGCUGAGCUGAAGACUUCUGACCAUAGGCCUGUCGUUGCCCUGAUUGAUAUAGAUAUAUUUGAAGUUGAAGCUGAAGAGAGGCAAAACAUUUACAAAGAAGUAAUUACAGUUCAGGGUCCACCAGAUGGUACAGUGUUGGUCUCAAUCAAAAGUUCUUUACAAGAAGAUAAUUUUUUUAAUGAUGCCUUGAUUGAUGAGCUUCUGCAGCAAUUUGCAAAUUUUGGUGAAGUUACACUCAUAAGAUUUGUAGAAGAUAAAAUGUGGGUUACAUUUUUGGAAGGAAGCUCUGCCUUGAGUGUUCUGAGCCUAAAUGGUAAAGAGCUAUUGAAUCGGACUGUAACUAUCACUUUAAAAAGUCCAGACUGGAUCAAAAAUUUGGAAGAAGAAAUGAGUUUAGAGAAAAUCAGUGUCACAUUGCCUUCAUCAACAAGCUCCACCCUGCUUGGUGAAGAUGCUGAGGUUGCAGCAGAUUUCGACAUGGAAGGUGAUGUCGAUGACUACAGUGCCGAAGUGGAGGAACUUCUUCCUCAGCAUCUGCAGCCAUCCUCAAGUUCUGGCCUCGGCACUUCCCCAAGCUCUUCACCCCGGACAAGUCCCUGCCAGUCACCUACAAUAGCAGAGGCUCCUGUACCUUGCCUUCCCAUCAGACCAAGUCGAGCUCCAUCGAGAACCCCGGGGCCUCCGAGUUCACAGAGUUCUCCUGUGGACACUCAGCCAGCAGCCCAGCCACAGCAGAAAGAGUCCUCCCAGACCCUAGAGCCCAAGCGGCCACCCCCUCCCAGGCCGGGAGCUCCCCCCACACGCCCCACGCCCCCACAGAGACCCCCACCACCUUCAGGGGCUAGGAGUCCUGCACCUGCUAGAAAGGAAUUUGGAGGUAUUGGAGCCCCUCCCAGUCCUGGGGUAGCUAGGAGAGAGAUGGAAGCACCCAAAAGCCCUGGAACAACACGGAAAGAAAAUAUAGGAUGUAAUGUCUUCAUUCCAGGACGCAAUCAGCCUUCAUCUCAAGCAGGAUUUGGAGGCCCAGGACCUGCUGGACCCAGUACAGCCAGACCGACAAUUCCGCCCCGGGCUGGAGUUAUCAGCGCCCCCCAGAGUCAUGCUCGGGCAUCUGCUGGAAGACUGACUCCAGAAAGCCAAAGCAAGCCACCAGAGGCAUCGAAAGGCUCAACACUCCUUCCAGAACCACUGAAGCCCCAGGCUGCAUUUCCCGUGCAGCCGUCCCUGCCCUCACCUGCGCCAAAGUUCCAGGAGCCUCUCGUCCCCACGGCAGCACCCAUGCCUCAGCUUGGCCCCCAGCCCACUUUGGAAACCCCACCUCAGCCCCCGCCUCGGAGCAGGUCGUCCCAGGGCUUGCCUUCAGAGUCUUCACCACAGCCACAAGUAAAAACAAAUGGAGUCUCAAGUGUCAAACAAGAAUCACUAUUAAAGAGUGACCCAUUCGAAGAUCUGUCAUUUAAUCUGCUUGCUGUAUCAAAGGCUCAGCUAUCUGUCCAGACGUCACCUGUUCUAACCCCAGACCCAGAGAGGUUGAUUCAGUUGCCUCCUGCAACGCAAAGUACUGUUAAUACUUGGAGUUCUGUAAGCUGCAUGCCAACCAUGCCUCCAAUUCCAGCCCGGAGCCAGGAAAAUACGCGAAGUUCUCCGAACCCAUUUAUUACUAGCUUGACCAGCACAAAUCCUUUCACCGACAGGACUGCUGUUCCUGGAAAUCCAUUUAGAGCCCAGUCUCAAGAAUCAGAGGCAACUUCCUGGCUCUCCAAAGAAGAGCCUAUUACAAACAGUCCUGUCCCUUCACUGAUGCCUCUCCGCCAGAACUCAAGCAAGCCUUCAUCUUCACUCGAUUGUUUUAAGGACAGUUUUGAUCUGCAGGGCCAGUCUACAGUGAAAACAAGCAAUCCAAAAGGAUGGGUAACCUUCGAGGAAGAAGAAGACUUUGGUGUAAAAGGGAAGUCAAAGUCAUUUUGUCCAAACGCACUGGGAAAUCAACCAAAUGCAUUUGAUGAUGACUGGAACAAAGGUGCAGAUGUUUCUUUGUGUGUGUUGCCAUCCAGAAGACCUCCUCCUCCUCCUGUCCCUCUGCUCCCACCCAGUGCCAGCCCUGCCACCGACCCCUUCACCACCUUGGCAUCUAAGGCAUCGCCCACACAGGACUUUACAGAAAGAUGAUGUUCUAGAAAGGGGGAAAGCUUGUUUAUUUUUGUUUGUUUGUUUGUUCGUUGUUUAGUUUUGGCAGGGUAGAGCCAAAAGAAUUGGGCAUUAGUUCCUUAUGUGCAAUAAAUAAUUGUUAAGUGCACUGAUACCUUCAUAAGAUACCACUAUUUGAUGUGAAUAGAGUUGGAAUAUGUGUAUAUUGGAAAUGAGGAAAAAUCCUUCUGAUUAUUAACUGGAAUUUUGGUGUGUUUCUCUUCAGAUGAGUAGGAGAUAGGAGUAGCCAUGAAAAGUGCUUAAAACUACCUUAGAAAGUCGUCCUAGGGCGGGGAUUUAGCUCAGUGGUUCUGCUGCCUGUCUUGCAAGUGGAAGCAUCCGAGUUCAAUCCCCGGUACCAAAAAAAAAAAAGAAAGUAAGCCGUCCUUAUUCAGAAAUUCCUUGUCAGGGGCUGGGGAUUUAGCUCAGUGGUUUCGCCACCUGCUGCGCAAGUGCAAGGACCUGAGUUCGAUCCCCGGUACCAAAAAAAAGAAAAAAGAAAUUCCAUGUCAGUCUGAAGAAUCUUCCACACAACUUUUAGCUGACAUUACUGCCAGUUCUUGCGCACUGUUGACAGUUGUUAUUCAUAUUUACCAAAGAGCUGCCAAAGUUACAGUGAAACAGUUUUGAAAGGCAUUGCUUUAACAAAAAAGUUAAUACGUGUGUGUGCAUAUUAUCCAUGCACACAUACACAUACAUUUGCAUAUUUACAAAACUCUGAAUUUCUAAGGAUAUGGCUCAGACCAGAUUUUUUACUUACAAGUUCUAACAAAGACCUUUUUCAGUAUCUCAUUGCCAAAAAGAUGGCUACAUGUAUGAUUUGGAAUAUUUUGUUAAUUUUAUUUCCAAAACCAAAAUAAUCUCUCUAAACAAGCAGAAUUCUCUACUGUUCCACACCCCAGCCCUUUAAGCACACAGACCCUUGGUACCUUCUACUCCAGGGCCUCCACAUGCUUCCCCUGGGAGGGGGUUCUUGCAGCUGGAGCAGUGUAUUUUGUGGUCACUGUCAUGUGGAUAGAUGCUCUAGUCCCCUUGAAAAAGUGCUGUGGCCUUAGAUGUAGGGAAGGCACAUACCACCGAGUUCAGUGAGAAGUGUUAGAGCUAAACAUGGUCUCUUCUUUCUGCACAUUUAAGGGAUAUGUUAGCCAUUUCCUUCCCAUGCUUUUCUCUUUGCUGCUUGUGCUCUGGAACUUUGCUUUUAGCAGGGAAAGCAGCCAUCCCCAGAGUGCUUCAGAUCAGGGACAUGCCUGGUGUGGUCUCUUCUCCCCAAGAGGCUCCACAGCACAUCUCUGAUGCUGCUUUAAGUGUUUAGAGGGUAUACCUCAAAUUACCUGUGGAUUUUGUCUCCUGCACUGCCAGUAUGCAACUGAUCCUGCUUUUAUUAAUUUUAUGAAGUACACAGAAUUUUUACAGAGUGUAGUAUUUUGAUAUUAUGUCAACCAAUCAGAAAACCCCUUGAGCAAUAGUUGUUUUGUUGUCAGUUUAAGUUAAAAUCAUCUCUACCCAUUAAGACUUAUAUUAACAUUCCUUUUAUAUAUAUAUAAAGAGUUGUAUAUGUCCACUUAAAUUCCUAGGUCCACAGUUAGCCUUUAAAGAUGCACAUUGGGAGAAUAUUAAAAAGUAGAGUUUAUGGCUAAGAGUAUGUGAAGUGUAAAAGCACAGCAAACUGCAUUGCACUCAAAGCAAAACUGUUAGGAAAAAGCACUUUUCUAAAUGCUCAAAUGUUAUCAAAAUACUAUAUUUAUAGAAGCAAUCCUCUGUUAACAGCCAGAAUUCGCUGUUAGAGAUAACUAGUGAGUUUUAUAUUGUGCUUUUGGGGGGGGGGUUCUAGUUAUUUUGGCAGUAGUAUCUUUUAAGCACUGUGCUUCAAAAUGUGAAUUAACUUGUUGAAACUGUGGCUUUUAACACCUAUGUGAUUGGUGUAUAUGGUAUUUGCUUUCCAUUUGCAAAAUAAUUCAUUGUUAGGUUAACUUCACUAGUGCCAAUUGCAGUUCUGUGAGCAGUGUUUCCUAAUGAGUAUAAACUACUGUCUAAAAUAUACAUAUCAGCAGCAGCUCAGCCUUUGUCAGGAGAAUUAUAUUUGGCAAGGUGCUGAAAAUGCACAAAGUUAUGAAAGUUAAAGGUAGGCUGCAAAUAACUAUCCAUUAUUCUGUGUAUUAUUAAAUAUUUACCAGUUCUGUUCAAAGCAGAGCAGAAAUUAGACACUAAGGAUCUCUUUGUGAAUUCUAUGUCCUUGAUAGUAGAUUGCUGUUUAUAUGUAUGUAAGAAUUUUAUUGCUUCUGUGGCAUAUAAUAUAUAUAACUAUAUACUUUAUAGAAGUACAGUAUUAAAAUCAGUGGUAUACAUUCUGUACAUAUCCUGUGAAAUGUGCUGUCACAUGAAAUAAAUACAUCUGUCUUUGCCAUGCCGA